UGUUGCUAAUGCAAAACAGACUGAAUAGUACAAGGAGGAAAGUUGCGGUCAGGCUAUGCUAAACAACGCUUGUUUCCAAAGAUCUUUGGAAACUGGAAACAUUUGACUGCGAUUAUACAAGGUAGAGUGGCUCUGAGUCUUCACUAUGGGGGACUUCCAGCAGUAUGAUCAGGACUUCUAUCAGACAGGUUAUUACGUAGACGACCAAGGCCAGGCGACCUACAGCUAUGACCCCAACUACCCCUUGAGUUCCGAGUACCAGGAGGGGGAGGGUGUGUAUGACUCCUCGAUGGACACAGCUUACCCUGGGCAGGUCUUUCAGCCUGGGUUGCCUCCUGGAAUGGACUACACAGCAACUGGAGACGGCUAUGAGGAAGAGCCCCCUCUGCUGGAGGAGCUGGGCAUUAACUUUGAGCACAUCUGGCAGAAGACCCUGACUGUGCUGAACCCAGUGAUGCCAGCCGACGGCAGCAUCAUGAAUGAGACAGACCUGACUGGGCCUGUGCUGUUCUGUAUUGCUCUUGGAGCCACCCUACUCAUGGCGUAUGGCAAGGACGGCAUCAGUGCUGUGGGGUGUGUGGGGAUGUACUCGCUGUUGAAUCUCAUGAGUGACUGCACAGCGUCAAAAUGGGCCACUGCCCCCUCCUCCCAAAUAAACUCCCUACAUUUCCUGAUCUCUUGUGUGUUACCCAGAGGGCUGCUGGGAAUGUUCCUUGCCGUGCUUGUGAUUGGCUGGUGCAGUCACUCUGCCGCAAAGAUCUUCAGCACCACUCUGGGACUGACUGGACAGCAGCUACUGGUAGCCUAUCCCUGUGCGCUACUCUACGGCGUAUUUGCCCUUCUGUCAGUCUUCUGACCAAUCGCGCCGGCUCAUUGUCUUAUUGUCUGUUAUUACAUCACUGACUGCCCACCAACUGACCCAGCAGUGACCUAUCAAAGGACAACAGACUGCACACCCUUGUAAAUAUAGCCCUAUUUUGAUAAAGGAGGAAAUGAUGAAUAAAUCAUGAUAACAAACAAUAGCAUAUGUGGGAGAGUACAGCCUUGUGGAGACAAAUAUAAAACUGCCAAACAGGCUUAAUAAUUGAGUGGAACUUAAGCUGUCUGAUCCCAUUAACUAUUUAUAUGUGCACUGAUAUGGUCCCAUCACAUAAUGUGACAGUGUUGCUGUGUGUGUGUGUGUGUUUGUGUGCAGGUGUAUGCACAGGUGUAUCUAAUCUACGCACCAUUGCCUCCCUAAAAGAGCUCGUACACUGAUACUUCUUAAAUAGUAAUAUCGUUGAUGGGGGUUGUAGUCCAGUGGGCCUGUCUCUCUCUACACAGAGCAAAGAGCAUGUCAGUGAACAUGACAGCUCCUGUUUAGGAGUCGCCCCGGCAUGGUAAACACAGUCUCUUGACCCUGAUAGUGUAUCUAUAGAUCAAUCUUCCUCUACAGCUCACACAGACAGGCAGGUUAGGUGUGUGCAAAUGCGCUGAACUUUUGAUUAUGUUCAAUGGGUGGUGACCAGAAGGUUACAGCUAUGUUGUUUGUUGGCAAAUUAGAAUUUAUUUUGAAAACAUAAAUACGGACCCAAACGAACUAUUGUAUAAUUAAAUGAUUUCCUUGUCAAUUAUAAACACAGAUCCUGGAAGUUUAAGGGUUUAUAUCCAUCUGUAGUGCAUCUAGGACACAUUUGAGUACU